CUCAUAAUGCUUCAGUUUCCCUUUGAAUAACAAAUUAUAAAAUAAAGAUAUUUUAUAUUAAUACAAUUCUCCACCAGGCUCCUUACUAUAACCCUUGCGAUGUUUCAGUGUGAGUUGAGUUGCGAAUCUGCGGGAGGGAAAUGAAAACACGGUCGGGAAGCAGGCAGGAACCCACGUGGCUCAGGCACCAGGAAAGCACCAGACCCGAGGAAGGGAGGAGGUUUCAGCGUGUGUAGAUCUUACAGAGUUCUUUAUAUAAUCGCUCCGACUGAACUAUUUUACUUUACUGCACUCGGGGACGUUUUUCGAACAUGUCCUCGUUCCGGAAAGCGCUGAAAUCCCGACAGAGAAACCACCAUGAAAGAUCCCAGCCUGGUUUCAGGAAACAUUUGGGAUUGCUGGAGAAGAAGAAAGACUACAAACUCCGUGCAGAUGACUACCAUAAGAAACAAAACACUCUCGCUGCCCUGCGAAAGAAAGCUCUGGAGAAGAACCCAGAUGAGUUUUACUUCAACAUGAUCAGCUCUCAGCUACAGGAUGGAGUUCACGUAGCAAAAAAAGCCAAGGAGGAGGUGGAGGUGACAGAGGAGCAGAAAAAAGUGAUGAGGACGCAGGAUAUCAAAUAUGUAGAGAUGAAAAGGGUUGCUGAGGCUAAGAAAAUUGAGAGGCUGAAAGGAGAGCUCCAUCUUCUGGAUGCAGAGAGCAAACAAAAAAACAAGCACACAUUUUUUGUGGAUUCCAAGAGGGAAGUGGAUUCAUUUGACCUGGCAAACCACCUCAACACAGCCCCUGAGCUGGUGGACAGAGUGUACAACAGACCAACUCUGAAAACCCUGGAAACUAAGAGCAUCCAGGGAGCUGUAGAGCCUCAAAGUAUAAAGAAGCUGGCCAGGCAGAGGAAGCACCAGUAUAAACUCCUUUCCCAGAGGAUUGACAGAGAAAAGAAAAUGUUUGUCAUCAGCCAGAAGAUCCAGACACGCAAGGAUCUACAGGAUAAGACUAAGAAAGUGAAGGUAAAAAAGGAGACACCCAGUGCUGCAGCUAUUUACAAGUUUGAGGCCAAGAGGAAACGCUGAGAGGAAAGUAAUCAUCAUACCGGGAAGAAAUCAACAAUGUUAUCCAACGAAAUACUGGUGACAUAAUGGACUUCUAGACCAUACCAUAGAUUGCAGACAUGGGAUAAUUUUUUUUUUUUUCCUUCAAAUAUUGUUGCAGCGAUGCAAUUUUGUACAUAUUUAUCUAAGACUUUUAGUUUCUUUCAAAUAAAUAUCCGAAAA